ACGAGUUUUGCGAUUCUAAUUUGUAGUUUAGCUUUGCAUUGAUGCGCUGAGGUAGAGGAAGACUUGAGCUUAACUAUUAGAUACUUAAAAAAUAAAAAGUUUACUUUUGAUUACCUUUUCUACUUUUCACAAAUUAUGUUAAUUGUUCUUGUCUAUCUCUGAAAAAAAAAGUUCUGAUUUCCUAUAUAAAGACUAUUAAUUUAAAUGGAAGCAUCACUUGUGUUUAGGCAUCUAAGAUUAAUCGCAAAAAUGAAAAUUUUUGCGUUCGUAUUUACCCUACUUUCCGUAGCAACAGCCGAUGUCAGCCACAUAUUGUCAUCAGGCUAUUCAUCAUCGCAUGCUUCCGCCUCUGCACCUGUAGCUUCUUAUUCAGUUCCCCCUUCCCAAUCAUACGUAAAAAAAAGCGAUUAUUCCGCAUCGACUUAUACUACAUUACCCGCACAUUCACCUCAAACGUAUUCAACUUAUAACAGUUAUUCAGCACCUGCCACCCAAAGUCAUUCGGCAUCAGUUCAUAACACUUAUUCAACGCCAGCCUAUAACUCCUACUCAUCACACGCUGGACAAAGUUACUCGGGACAAACUGCCUCCUACGCUGCGCCAUCUUAUGGGUCUUAUUCGAAUUAUGUUGAACCAGCUCACACCUACUCAUCCUCUGACGGAUACAUCUAUAAAAUCGGUGACCACCAUGUCCAUCGCCGUCGUCGCGAUGUUAGUCAUUUGCUUGCCUCGACAUAUUCACCGUCACAGAGAGAGACACACUUAGAGCUUUCAACGCCAUCUCAAGAGUAUUUACCACCAAAAAUUCAUACAGGGGCGGAGGACAACUCGGCAACAUCUUAUUUAGCUCCUGCGGGUCAUAAUUACCAAACAGCUACUGGUUCAUCUUCGGCGGUCUCUUACUCAGCUCCUACUAUUCAAUUAGCAUCUUAUACGGUUCCAAGUUCAUAUGAUUCUUAUUCUUCCCAAUCUACACCGUAUUCUAACGAAUAUGAAAUCGAUGAACCGACGCCAUCCCACACCUUUUCUGCUACUGAAGGUUAUCGCUACAAAAUCGGGCAUCAUGUUGCGCGUCGCAGUCUGGUGCAACGAAAUCCUGAAUUUCUAAUUCAUUAUUACUAAAGUGCUUUGUGCUAAAAUGUCAAAUAUAGAAUUAAUUCUUUGCUACGAAAUUAGAAAUUAUGUAUAAAAAAUAU